AUGUUUUCGUUAAAUUACCGUUUUCAAGGUAUUGGAUUUGCUUUCUCAUGUCUGUAUGCAGCUAUGUUGGUGAAGACAAAUCGAAUUGCCAGAAUAUUCUCCCAAGCUACUCUUUCAGCGCAACGGCCAUUGUUUAUCUCGCCAUUAUCACAGGUUGUCAUGACAAGUAUGCUUGCUGGUGUUCAACUAAUUGGAAGUAUAAUAUGGUUAUUCGUCGUGCCUCCUGGCUCUCGGCAUGAUUACCCAACUCGAGAUCAAGUGGUCCUAACCUGUAACGUACCCGAUCAUCAUUUCCUUUACUCACUUGCCUACGAUGGAAUUCUCAUCAUCGCCUGUACUGUGUAUGCAGUGAAGACUAGAAAAAUCCAAACUACAUCGUUAUGUAUCUCCAUAUCAAUGUCAGCAAAUGUUGCGUUGGUGUGCAUAUUUUCACCAAAAUUAUGGAUAAUUCUCUUCGAAAAACAUAAAAACGUUCGAAAACAAGAAGGCGAAAAUAUGCUGAACAAGCGGUAA